CCGGCCGACUCUCGUCUCGUGUGCGCUGGGCUGCUGAAUUGUGCCGUGCGUGUGCUCAUCUUGUCCACUGCUGCAUCGCUCCUUCCCCCAUGCUGCCCUCCGCACGUUCACGUCACCCGGGCCUCUUUACCCCAGCAUUCGUCGCUCGCGCUAUAACGGCAUAAGCCCGCGCCGCAUAUGCCCUGCGCCGCCUGAACGACCACUCCGUCCGCCUCGUCCGCCUCGUCCGCCUCGUCUGCCUCGCACUGUUCUGCGCGCCCGUCGCUGCGAGCUGCCACCAUGAGCUCGUUCUUCGGUCGCCUUAAGUCGGGCGCUGCCCCAGCCAGCCCAGCAACUGGCCACCCGGUUGCAAAGAAGGACCCCAACGCGCCAGAGCCCACGCCGCUGGAGAAGCUCUUGGCGAACGCCGGGCCUCUGCGCGGCGACGGCAGCGACAAGUUCUUCGGCUUCGAGAAUUUUGGAAGUACCUGCUACUGCAACUCAGUCGUGCAGUGUCUCUACUACUCGGUGCCCUUUCGAGAACAAGUCAUCAACUUCCCCGCCCGCUCCGCCCCCGAAACCCUCGAACGCCCCCAGUCUCUCCCACGCAUCAACACAAACCUCCAGAAUGGCCCACAGUCAGCACUCUCGCCAACAGGGCGGAACUCGCUGUCGAGUCCCACUGUGAGGACACCAGGGAAGCCAGCCACCACACCCGGCGCCCCCGGGCAACCCCCUAAGCCUGAAGAUAACAAGGACUCACCCGAGUACAAGAAGAAGCAGGCGCUGGCUGCAGGGCCCGUGCUGACCAUGGACUACGAGAACUCCAAGUCGUACGGCAUGUCAGAGUCGCUAUUCACAUCAUUAAAGGACAUAUUCGAGGCGGUAAUCGCGAACAGGUCACGCAUGGGCGUGGUCAGUCCACACAAAUUCCUCGAGAUUCUGCGCCGCGACAACGAGAUGUUCCGUACGCCGAUGCACCAGGACGCGCACGAGUUCCUGAACCUGCUGCUGAACGAAGUCGUGGAGAACGUAGAGACAUUCUCCAAGUCACGGAUAACAGAAGUCGGUGGGACAGAGCAGAAUGGCGUAGUUGCACCAGCAACAAACAACAACACCAACACUGGCUGGGUACACGAACUCUUCGAGGGUACGCUAACAUCUGAGACACGAUGUCUGACGUGCGAGAACACCUCCCAACGAGACGAGGCGUUCCUGGAUUUGUCCGUUGAUCUUGAGCAGCACUCAUCAGUAACCAGUUGCUUACGGAAGUUUUCUGAGGAAGAGAUGUUGUGCGAGCGCAACAAGUUCCACUGUGACAACUGCGGAGGCUUGCAAGAAGCAGAAAAGAGGAUGAAGAUCAAACGGUUACCGAAGAUCUUAGCGUUGCACUUAAAACGUUUCAAGUAUACGGAGGAUCUGCAACGCCUACAGAAGCUCUUCCACCGCGUCGUAUACCCGUACUAUCUCCGAUUAUUCAACACCACAGACGACGCAGAAGACCCUGACAGGUUAUACGAGCUGUACGCCGUCGUUGUCCACAUUGGUGGCGGUCCCUACCACGGCCACUAUGUUUCGAUCAUCAAGACUCAAGACCGUGGCUGGCUCCUCUUCGACGACGAAAUGGUCGAACCUGUCGAUAAAGCCUACGUACGGAACUUCUUCGGUGGCGAAAACGCCCUUGCAUGUGCUUACGUCCUCUUCUACCAGGAGACAACUGAGGAAGCCAUGAUGAAAGAGCAGGAGGCCGACGCCCGCGAAGCGGCUGCGAAGCAAGCCUCAGAACUCAACCCCGAAGCUGUCGCCGUCGGCGCCACAACACCGAAGACGAAUGGCGCAAUGAACGGCGUCGGUCACGCACAUCAUCUGUCAACAGCACAGACGCCGACGAUAGAAGAGGAAGAUCAGUUUGCAAGCCUCAACCACGCUGCAACCGCGCCUGCACUCAAUCCAAACGAACACGCCCACCCCGUCGAACACGUCAGCACCAACAUCCCUGUCCUCGGCGCAAAGAAGAGCAACGCAGGAUUGGGUCUGUUCGGCAAGAAGAACAAAGCCGAAGAGAAAGAGCGCAAAGCCGCCGAAAAGGAGCUGGAAGCACAAGCCAAGCAAAAACGGAAAGAAAUGGAACAACAACGGCGCAACAACUAUAAGAGGCAGGAAGAAGAAUUGCAGGCCGCGCUCGCAGCAAGUAAAGAGACUGCAGCUGAAGAGAACAAGAAGCGCGGCACCGAGGACACGUCCGCUGCUCCGGGUACACCAAGAGACGCCAACGGCGUCGGCAGCUUGAGCAAGGCAUCUGGACUUAGUAGAUUCAGACAUAGCAGCAUGAGUCUCAAGGGCAAGCCCAAGUUCUGGGGGAGCAAGGAUAAGGGGGAUGGUAAUGGCGAUGAGGCGGCUGGGAAUGGAGAGGAUCCGAAGGGUCAUGGAUUGGGUAGAAAGAAGAGCGUGUUCAAGUUCUGAGCAGGCAUCGCAUCGCAACAGGAUUGACUUUGGUGGGAAUGAAGGGGGGUUGGGAGGACGAGUGACGUAGAGAUGCCGAUAGGGUUGUAUAUCCCAGCAAG